UUCUGCAGAGAAGAAAUGUUCAGAUGUAUGGUCCAGCACCAUCAGUGAUCCAAUCGUGCCAAGAUCAACCUGAACUCAUCACAAUCCAACACAGAAACUGAAGUUUGCUCAUCAGAGGGAAGACUGAAGAAUUCUGUGGGAGGAGGAUGUUCAGAGCAAUGCAACUCGUUGUCAGGAAGGAGAAGAGCGGAGCUAUGGGGGCUCUGGGUGGUUUGGCGUAUCACUUCUCGACGGCCUCGAGCUGCCAGCGGUUGCCCGGCAAGGUGGCGGUGAUCACCGGCGCGGCCAGCGGCAUCGGCAAGGCGACGGCGGCGGAGUUCAUCCGCAACGGCGCCAAGGUUAUACUGGCCGAUAUACAAGACGACGUCGGCCGCGCCGUCGCGGCCGAGCUGGGCCCGGACGCGGCGUACACCCGCUGCGACGUCACCGACGAGGCGCAGAUCGCCGCGGCGGUCGACCUCGCCGUGGCGCGGCACGGCCGCCUCGACGUCUUCUACAGCAACGCCGGCAUCUCCGGGUCGUCGGCGCCGGCGCUGCUCGCGUCGCUGGACCUCGCGGACUUCGACCGCGUCAUGGCGGCCAACGCGCGGUCGACGGUGGCGGCCGUCAAGCACGCCGCGCGGGUCAUGGUGCCGCGCCGCGGCGGCUGCAUCCUGUGCACGGGGAGCACCACGGGGAUGCUCGGCGGGCUGGCGGCGCUGCCGUACAGCCUCUCGAAGGCGACGGUCGUCGGCGUGGUGCGGCUGGUGGCGGCCGAGCUGGCGCGCUCCGGCGUGCGCGUGAACGCCAUCUCGCCGCACGCCAUCGCGACGCCUCUGCUGGUCCGGUCGCUGGCGAGGAUGAACCCGGGCGUCAGCGACGAGCAGCUGAAGGAGAUGGUGGAGAGAGGGAUGAGCGAGCUCCAUGGCGCGGUGCUGGAGCUGGAGGACGUGGCGAGGGCGGCCGUCUACCUGGCGUCCGACGAGGCCAAGUUCGUCACCGGGCAAAACCACGUCAUCGACGGCGGGUUCACGGUCGGGAAGCCCAUCGACAUGCGACUGCCACGUUGACGAGCCAGAGACGCUUGUCUGCGUGAUCUUCCAGCAGCAGAUCAAUGGUGUAUGAACUUUUGAAUAAAUUUUCCAUUCCAUCGAUGAAAUCAGCAUAGCAAAAUGGACAUUCAGUUCUACUAUAUUUAUUGGCGUAAAGCAAAAGCUCUUUGCCAGAAUGUCCGCUAAAAAUUCUCGGGCCCAA